UUUAAAUAGCUGGAGGCUCUUUGUCAGCACAACAACAUUUGGAACUGACGCAGAACUAUCCAGACAAUCUUUUUGAAACAGUCAGAUACCAUUUCAGAGAGCUUCGUUAAUAUGAGGACUGAGGCUGGAACCAUCACCAUUCCAAUGGCUGAGAGUGAAUCCCUGAGAUCCUUAAGUUACCGGCACAAUGGGGAUUGUCAUAUCACAUCUCCUACUUCCUGCCCCCUGGUCAAGAGCCCAUUUCAAAAAACCUUACCAAGUCCAGUGGAGUUGAGCACUGCCCGUCGCCAAUUGGACAGUUACCAAUUGAAGAUCACAGGGAAGUCUUCGUCCAUUACGACAGCUGGAUCUGCAAACCUCACUCUGGAAAAAGCUGUCAUGUUAGCUCUCGCUGUUGAAAGGUUCAAGAAGAAGUUGGAGCAGCCAUGCAGAGAAGGCUGGAGCUGUGAGAGCGCUUGCUUUGAGGACAGUGACCUGCUUGGAAACUUUAAUGCACUUGUAGAAGAAGCCAUCACCUACACCAGCUGUGAAGAUGCUGAAGUGGUGCCCAGUUCUUACAGGUUCUUGAAGAGUGAGUGUCAACAGGUGAGGGAUGAACAAGACAAAUCCCUGAAGUUGUCAGAGAACCUCCAGCUCCUGGCCAUGUUCUUGCAGCAGCCAAAGGAUGAAGUAACAUUGAACGUGAGAUACUAUAAGGCAUCUACCAAUGAAAUUAAUUAUUUGCCAGUUGUUCUGGGAAUCAACAAUCAGAAUCUGUUCCUCUCUUGCACGGGGCCACAGGACAAUCCCAGGAUGCAGGUCGAGAAAUGGGAUCAGAAUUUGCAUAAUAUCAGUAGUGCCACUGAUCUGCUUCGCUUCGUGUUCUUCAAGAAGGUUUCGAGUGCUGGCCACUACUUCGAGUUUGAAUCGGCUAUGUACCGUGGCUGGUACAUCAGCACCUCCUACAGGAACAAGCAGCCUGUUGAAAUGGAUGUGAAGGAGCACCACAAGAGAAUCACAAUUUUCACAGCCAAUUGAGGCAUUUUAGAUCUCUGUGUUCAGAACCCAAAUCAGAAUUGUUGGUUUAGAGAGAGUGUGUAUGUACUGAGUACAGAAUUUCUGUUAUAUGAUUAAAUAUAAUUGUCUUCUAAUUACUGAGAUGAAAAGGUAGCAAUAUUUGCUCCUGUUUACUUUUUAUUAUUUGGAAUUAGCUAUUAGUGAAAAUAGGGUGCUGAGUUUUGGAACUCAAAAUUACUAUUUAUUCAAUGUUUUUUCAUUAUUGUUGUUAUUUGAAUUAUUGAUUAAUUUAUUACGAUGCUCGAAGAGAAAUCUUCCCAUUAAUUGAUUAAAUAUUGUGUUACUUUCAAACAAGAAAUUUCCUCCUUCAUUUCACACAUUUCCUUAAAUAUUCUGUAGAAAAAGGUGAAGCAG